GCCGAGUGCGCCUGCGCAGCGGAGCCGGCAGAGUCCCGCGGGGCCGCAGCGGCGGGUGGCGGGCGGUUGCCUUGGGGACCGCGGGCCCCUCCCUCCUCGGUCCCCGCCCCACGGCCUUCGCCGCCACCGCGACGCGGGGACGACCCCGGCCUCCCCGCCCUCCUCCCGCCGCCCGGCCGGCGCUGCAGCCGCGACCCGCGCGAGGCGCCGCCGCUCCCAAGAUGUCGCAGACGGCCAUGUCCGAGACCUACGAUUUCUUGUUUAAGUUCCUGGUUAUUGGAAAUGCAGGAACCGGCAAGUCGUGCCUGCUCCAUCAGUUUAUUGAGAAAAAAUUCAAAGAUGACUCCAACCACACCAUAGGGGUGGAGUUUGGUUCGAAGAUAAUCAAUGUUGGUGGCAAAUACGUGAAGUUGCAGAUCUGGGACACGGCCGGCCAGGAGCGGUUCAGGUCUGUGACCAGAAGCUACUACCGAGGCGCUGCUGGGGCCCUGCUCGUCUACGACAUCACCAGCCGAGAAACCUACAAUGCGCUUACUAAUUGGUUAACAGAUGCCCGAAUGCUCGCCAGCCAGAACAUCGUCAUCAUUCUCUGCGGGAACAAGAAGGACCUGGACGCCGACCGGGAAGUGACUUUCUUGGAAGCCUCCAGAUUCGCUCAGGAAAAUGAGCUGAUGUUUCUGGAAACCAGCGCGCUGACGGGGGAGAACGUGGAAGAGGCCUUUGUCCAGUGCGCGAGGAAGAUCCUGAACAAGAUCGAGUCAGGUGAGCUGGACCCCGAGCGGAUGGGCUCCGGCAUCCAGUACGGGGACGCGGCCCUGAGGCAGCUACGCUCGCCCCGCCGUGCCCAGGGCCCGGGCGCCCAGGACUGCGGCUGCUAGGCCGCCGAGCAGAGGUGUUCGGACAGCGGUGUUUGGGAAACAGCUGCUGGAGCGUGAAGAAGUGUGUGUUUUACCUCCAUCCUUUCUACUUCGUGCAGAAGUAGAUCUUCAGCGGAAAGGAAGGGACUGACUGGGCGUUCCCUGAGCCUGGAAGGUGCUCAGCAAACCACGGGGUGAAUGGGAUUCGGUGGACAGGCCACUGACGUGUCCAUGUAUGUAACUGUCCUGUCCGGUGGCUCCCUUCCCGGGUGAACCUGGCUAUGUACUGUGUAUACCCAGCCCCGAGCCCUGAGCAUGGAAUCUCCUGUGUGACAUAAUAGAACGUCACCUCAGUGCGGUCCGAUACUUUAUCUCUUGUAAUCACAUGACCAGCGCCCGCUGUGUGCGAGGCUCUGCCAUCACGCCGGCCGUCCCUGUGGGUGACGUUCGCGGCCACGGCGUUCGGGCCCGCGGGGAGUGCUGCUCAGUGGUGACUCACGUCCCGAAAUAAAGUCCAGAUGGAGU